AUGUCAGUGUGUGUCCUGACACAGUCGAUGAGGGCACCGAAAGAUCAGAUCUUUGCGGAUCCUGCACUGGAACGGCUGGUGGCACUGCUUUCCAGUGGCAAGCGCACAUUCUCCCAGAUGUCUGCAAGUGUGCUCGCCAGGUGCUGCCACACAGCCCAGCAGCAAGAGCUGCUGCUCCAGGCUGGGGCACUGCAUGGGCUCCUGCAACUGCUUAAGUCACCCUACAAGAGCUGUCAGCAAUCGGCGCUGGAUGCUCUGGCAGCUCUGUCCAUGCGAAACGACGAGGUUUGCCAGCAGGUGAUGCAGCACCCAGGUGUGGACGACGAGUUGGUGCGCUUCACAAAGAACCGGAGCCCCAGCAUACGUCUGCUGGCCUGCUCCUGCCUCACCAAUCUGGCAUGCUCCUCUGACUGGGACAACAUGGAAGGGGAGAUGAAGCACAGAUACAAGCACGUUCUUCAGGUGUUGGUAAAGCUGUUGAACGAACCUACAAUCAGGGAACAGGUGCCAGAGGUCUUGUCCAGGCUGACUGAGGCAAG